GACGAAUAGGCAGAUAGGCAACAUCACUACUUGCAUGUCCCCUUUGACACCUGCAAGUGUGUGUGUGUGUUUCAGUGAGAAACUAUGUGUAAAUGUGUGUGUGUUACAUUUUGCUUCUGUGAUAGACUAUGUGCGUGUGUGAGAGAGAGAGAGAGAGAGAGAUAGGAAGGACUAUGUGAGAGGAAGAAAAUCUGAAGGGGGAAAUAAUCACACAAACUCUCAAGACGAAGCAAAGUAAGUUCAGAGUACCAUGACGACAAUCAGAAGAGCAACCGGGAGCCGAGAACAUGAACAACAGUGGAGGAACUUAUGUGAAAAGGAAAUUAAGCGGCAAAGACUGGCACUCUAGCUACACGUAGUGAUCCAUCAUGGAUGACUCUUCAUCCACCCAAUCCUUCGCCGACCUCAACCACCAUCGCCACCACCCAUCCUUUCACCUCACGCUGCCCGGCCAUCAAAGCCCCGAAGUGGGAUACCCGUCCUCUCAGCCUGCCCUGGACCCUCUGGAGCAGUAUGGAAGGGGAGGGGAAGAAUCCUCUAAUAUCUUACUGGCUUCUAACACCUCCUCAGGGGGAAGGAGAGGGAGCAGUGGUGGAGACAGAGGCUUCCUCAACACAAGUAGUAGCUGCUUGGAUGGAGAUGCUAACUUGGGAGGCGGAGAAAGCGGGUUAGGCGGCCAUUUUUCUGACACUUGGUAUGGCGUGAAAAAAGAGGAAGUUUGGGAGAACGGGGAGAGUUGUGAAAACGCUGCAGAUGAUUUGUAUCAAAAAGCGGAUUGUUACAGUAAUGAUGUUUUUUACACCAGCGAGGAAGGAGCGAGACGUAAACUCAGAGCAAACUGUUAUAAUCAUGUUAGAUGUGAAGCUAAAGGCGAAGCCGUUUACAACAGAGAAGCUAACGGUAGCCACUUCACAAAACAAACUACUUCCUACAACAGAACUGCAGCGGGGAGCUUCAGUGACAGCAGCGUUGACUGUUCAAGAGUUGGUGAUCAUUAUCUAGGAAGAGAGGAGGAUUAUGGGUCCAGCUGUGGCUCAGGGGAGGACCAGCUUCAGGGGGCAGAGGGUGAGGGACCCUGGGUGAGUGUCUCUCCGUCGAGUCAGCCCGGGGAAGGCAGGUGGAGCGGAGCAGCAGACCAAAACACUUUGAACUCAGGAUGCCUGACGCAGUACACUCAGAAACUGGACUCUUUCUCCGAGGCCUUCCUCUCCCAGCGCAAGAGAAUAUUUCCCAUGAUCCCCUGUGGAGAUUCCUUUUGGGAAUAUGGAGUAGGGAGAGGAGAAAGCCGCGGAUAUAACCCGAGGCACAGCUGUGCUUUUGACUCCUACCUGCCGCCCUGCACCUCUUCCUCACCCGCCCACCCCUCCUUCCCCUCUCCUCCCACAUCAUCUCACAUCAUGUCUUCAGUUCUCAGUCCCCCUCCCACGCCUCUGCCUCCUCCUUCCCACUCACCCUCCAAAAUGGACUCCCCCGGUGGGUUAGAUGUGUCCGGACAUUCGGUGUCUCAGGGGGGGGAUUCUCUACAGUUUUUCCCUUCGCACCUUCAGUCUCUCCCCUCUAUCCACUCCUCUGGGAUGAUAUGGAAGUUUCCAGUGAUGUCACACACUUUUACACAUACAUCAGGUGACCCCGGCAUCACCGAGGGCAACCUGAGACCUUCUCAUGGCAGUGACUACGGCAACAUCCUAGCCUCCCAUGUUCAGUCUCCAGAAUCACCGUUCCUCUCCUCCACCUCCCAUCCUUCAUCCAUUCAUCCAUCCAGAGCCCUCGGUCCCUCCAGCGCUCCACCCCUCUAUUCCGCCUUCCACCUUCCCUCUCUUCCACCUCACCUCACAGACCAACGUUAUGAGGCAGCAGAAAAGAAAGCCCCUUACAUUGUGACCCAGAAAGUGAAGAGAGAAGAAGCCAAUCUUAAACAAGCACAGCUACAGCAACAAGUCUCUCCAAUCCACACUGGAACUCCAUUUCCCAGCGUCCUUCACUCCAGCAGAGGUCAUAGGCGAGGCCGGUACACUCCUCAACCGCUCCUCAAUCCAGUGCGUAGAGGAACGGGUCUCUACUCCUCCAUCUCAUCUCUCAAUCACCGAGUGGAGGAAACAGCAUGUCCAGAUGAGGAAGAUGAAAGUGUGUCACUGUAUGUCAAUGUGGGUCAUGAUUUCCAGGCAGAGCUUCCUAUAUGCUCUGUGGAUGGGGAAGGGUCAAGGGUGUGGUGUCCAGAAGAGGAAUCGCCUAGGGAACAGUUGCUCUGGAAACCAUGGGAUAUGCUGGAGGAGAAUACCAAUUUACAAGACCAAGUGGAGAAGCUGUUGUCCAUGUGCAGUUCCAGCUGUGUGCCAGGAGGGGGCAGUAACACAGAACUGGCCCUGCACUGUCUGCACUGCUGUCAGGGGAACACAAUGGCCGCUCUGGAGAUGCUGCUGUUCUCACAGCCCUCGCCUGCAGGAGACUACCACUACUCUGGUAGUGAUUGUUGGACAGACAGCGAAAAGAGUCUCUUCGGUGCAACUCUGCAGACUUAUGGGAAAGAUUUUUCACUCAUAAGGAAAAUGAUGAGGACUAAAACCCUGAGCCAGUGUGUUGCAUUUUACUACCUGAGCAAGAAGCUCCAGGACAAGCAGAAGAAACAGAGAGAGGAGGAGAUCCGAGAAGCAGUGAUGGAGCAGCAGAAAAGUAUAACCCCCGUCCGUCCACCAAUGGUAGCACAGUUUGGACCAGAGCAGGCGGUUCCUGCCCCCCCACUGAGCAGCUUCUUCCCAUGCAAGCUGUGUGGCAAAAUGUUCUACAAAAUAAAGUCCCGUAACGCUCACAUGAAGAUCCACCGGCAGCCUCAGGAGGAUUGGAGCGACCGGCGGCUGCAGCAACAGCUCUUCACCCAGCGUCUGGCUCUCAGCCGCCCCACAAACCUCAUCUCCACCCUGGGCGGUAAUCUGCUCCCCCCCCAGGCUGCAGCGCUGACCUUUUCCUCCUCUGGAAGCAGCAAUACAGACACUGUCCUCAACUCUGUAACCAGCAGCAUCACUCCUAGCAACGGCAGCGUCCUUGAUCCUGGCGCCGUGGUAACAUACAGAAACAUCGCCGCUUCAAACUCUCAGGUAGACACAAAUACAGACUCUCAUCAAAGAGAGCCGCCCACCCUUUUACCUUUCCACCAAUCAUGGGGCUCUUUUGACCCCGACCCCACUGUCUUCUACUGCAACACAGAAGAGAAAGAUGGAGGUGGGAUGGUGGGGGGGAAAGAGACAGUCAACUGGCAUUAAAAGCAUGACUGACACUUAGCAUUACUGUUUUUAAUGCAAACUGAAUUUUAUAUCGAACUUUUUGUCCAGGGAUGAGUCCUAAACCCCGAACACUUCCUGUUCCCUCGGAAAUGGUAAAAGGGUUAAGCUUGGGCCAAAGGAGAACCCAUUAGAAUUUGGAAUCGGAUCAAGAGUCGGAUAGACACAUUACUUUUGUCAACACAGUAAAGUAAAGCAUUUGGCCAUCAGGAUGUUCUGUGCUCUCCAAAUGCCCUUCUAUUGUCUGUAUUUUUUAGUUGUAAAUGGUGAAUCUAAAAUGCUAACAUGUCUUGGAUGUUUAUUCAGCAUUUGAAUAAUAUUUGUAACCUUGUGGUAUUUUUUGAUUGAACAAACAAUAUUAAACUUGUUCUAUUGUACAUUUUAAA